AUGGCGCCGGCGCCGGCUUGCUGAGGCGCCUGCGCUGGUCUCAGGCGAUGAGUUCCACACCAGUCAUGGCGGCCACAGGGCAGUCUGUGAGCAGCGGGGCUCUGGAGACCUGCAGUCUGAAUCGGAUUUUGGAGGCGCUGAAGCUGCUGCUGAGCCCAGGAGGAUCAGGUUCAAGUUCACUACAGAUCACAAAACAUGAUGUCUUGUUGACUACUUUAAAAUCUAACCUGUCUGCUUUGGAGGACAAGUUUCUGAAGGAUCCUCAAUGGAAGAAAUUGAAACUUCUGAGAGAUGAAAUUGCCAAUAAGGCAGAGUGGCCACAAAACUCUGAGGAUGUCACUUGGAAUUUUAUUUCUCAAGCCUUGUUGUUGCUAUUGUGCUUGAAGGAAACCAUGAUCUGUCUUGUAGCUGAUUUCAAUCCAGGCAGACCCAACCCUAGGACUCCAGAAGCUGCUCCUGCCUUGAGCCCUGAUGCACUGAGCAUCUCCCAGCAGAAGACUGUCCAGUCUGUUUUGCAGUUUGUAGUCACCUUAGGUGUCUGUCCCUAUCUCAUGCCUGGCGUUGGAGUCCCUUUGAGAUGCAGAACUGAGUUUGGUGCCGUUGUUCAAGAUGUGGUAUGUCUCACUGCUGCUCCUGAUGCAACUCGGAGACUGUACACUAGCUGCAGGGUCCUUCUGGAUGUUGCUCAGCAUGCAGCUCUGGGGAGCUUGAUUUUCUGCCGCCAUUUUGGGGACAUUGCAGCAGGUCUGUGCCAACUGGGAUUCUUGAGUGAAGUGGGAAUGGGCACGACCCUGACUGUUUUAACUGAAGAGGAAAGAACCCUAUCCAGGGGGGCCUUGAGAGACAUGUUGGAUCAAGUGUAUCAGCCCUUAGCAGUCCGGGAAUUACUUAUCCUCCAGGGAGGACCACCCCAGUCCUGCACAGAAAUGAAGACACAGCUUAAGGGUAGGGCCCCAGCUUGGCUUCGGCGUCUAUGCGGGCAGCUGCUUUCUGAAAGGUUAAUGAGACCCAAUGGUGUUCAAGCAGUGGUCCGGGGCAUUUUGGAAGGAGCAGGUGCUGGGGCAGCUGGUGGGUGUGAUGCUGAGGCGACAGCUGCUGACUGGAAGAAGUGCGACCAGAUUGCAAAGAUUUUGGCUUCUUGUCCCCAACAGUCUCUGUCACCAGAGGUUUACUACAGGGAUAUCUGCCCCCAGGCUUGGUAUCUUCUCUUCAAUGAAGUGCUAAGUAUGAGUAAUUUUAUUUUUUCUUCUCUAGAGAUCCCAGAGAGUGACAUGGUACCAGGGACCAUUUUGGUGACAGAAGAAGAACUUAGUAGAUGUGUUGAGGAUAUAUUUAAGGUGUAUGUGGUCGGGAAUGAACCUUUGACGGUUUUGCUAGAUUCCCUGCUUCCAGUACUGGGAGUGCUCUUUCUUCUCUACUGUUUUACCAAGCAGAGUGUAUCUCACUUAAGGUCACUUUGCCAGGAGAUCUUAUUAUGGAUUCUGGGAAAGCUGGAAAGGAAGAAGGCGAUUGCUAGCCUGAAAGGAUUUGCAGGGUUGGACAAAGCUGUGCCCUCUCUCCAUUCCCUAUGUCAGUUUAGAGCUGCCACUCACGGUGGCAUUAUGAUUACCAUCAAAGAGCCCAUAAGUGAUGAAGAUGAAGCCCUAUACCAGAAAGUGUCCUCAGAGCAGGGCCAGGUAGAACAUCUUGGGGACUUGCUGUCGCACUGCCAGGAGUGUGGUUUGGCAGGAGACUUCUUCAUCUUCUGUUUGAAGGAGUUGACUCAUGUGGCUGUGGAAAAUGAAGCAGAGUUAAAAACUAAUCCCUUCUCCAACCAAAGCCUCUUGGAAUUAGAACAACACCAAACUCUUCUUGUGGAAAGUCAGGAGCGGAAGUUGCUUGUCCUGCAGCUGAUGGCUGUUUUGUGUGAGAGAAUGUCGGAGCAGAUAUUUACAAAUAUCACUCAGGUGGCAGACUUUGUAGCAGCAACACUGCAGAGAGCAUGUGCAAGCUUGGCCCAUCAGGCAGAGAGCACUGUGGAAUCCCAGACGCUGAGUAUGUCCAUGGGGCUGGUGGCCGUCAUGCUAGGAGGAGCUGUCCAGUUGAAAUCAAGUGAUUUUGCUGUCCUGAAGCAGUUGCUGCCUCUGUUGGAAAAGGUAUCCAACACACACCCUGACCCCGUCAUCCAAGAACUCGCUGCUGAUCUCCGUAUCACCAUCUCUACCCAUGGAGCCUUUGCCACAGAGGCUGUCAGCAUGGCUGCCCAUGGUACCUUGAACAAAAAAGAUCCAGAAGGAAAAAUAAAAGAGCAGCCGCAAGCUAGUCAUGGAGGAUACACUGAUGGAGCUCAUAGCCACCUCAAACAGCAGCAAAGCCAUGAGGAAUCCCCCCAAACAGUCCUGCCAUCCAGGGUUCCACUCAUUCCUGAGGGGAUUAAUAAGCCCAGCACUACAGCAAACCAGAAAUCUGCGAGUACAACCACAGAACAGCUCCAAGAGGUUCUGUUAUCAGCUUAUGAUCCUCAGAUUCCAACCCGGGCUGCUGCCCUGCGUACUCUUUCCCGAUUGAUAGAACAGAGGGAAGCAAAAGCCCUUGAGAUGCAAGAGAAGCUUCUAAAGAUAUUCUUGGAAAACUUGGAACAUGAAGACACUUUUGUGUAUCUGUCUGCAAUUCAGGGGGUUGCCCUGCUCUCAGAUGUGUACCCGGAGAAAAUCUUGCCAGAACUGUUGGCUCAAUAUGACAGUGGCAAAGACAAGCACACGCCCGAGACCAGAAUGAAAGUUGGGGAAGUCCUGAUGCGCAUUGUCAGGGCAUUAGGAGACAUGGUCUCAAAGUAUCGAGAACCUUUGAUCCACAUCUUCCUGCGGGGAGUGAGAGAUCCAGAUAGUGCUCACAGGGCGAGUAGCUUGGCCAACCUUGGAGAACUGUGUCAGAGGCUGGACUUCCUGCUGGGCUCUGUGGUUCAUGAGGUAACAGCCUGUCUGAUUGCUGUGGCUAAAACAGACCAUGAAGUUCAAGUGCGCAGAGCUGCCAUCCACGUGGUUGUGCUACUGCUUCGGGGACUCAGCCAGAAAGCUACUGAG